CUGGCGGCGGUCCCGUGACCGGAGCCGCUUCCGAGAGCGAGCGAGAAUAUCAACGGCGGCGACGACGGGUGUGGGAGGGGACAUCAUCCAGACGCUGACAACUUCUCUUCCUUGCUUUUUCCCUUUUACAACUCCUCUCUACACCAUUGCUGCUGUCUAUUUGCGCUCACUUCGACUGUCUCCAGCUUACGCUCUUAUCAUCACUUUGAGUCGCCGCCGCUGGGCCCGUUCCCUCCUACCUGUGCUCUCCUCUCAUCUGUGGUAGGGGUAUGGUCGAUCGCUAAGUUGCGCCGCUCCUGUUGGGAGCUGUGUGAGCGUAACGAACACCACAGGUGCUGCGGUUGAACAGGCUAUAUCCACGCCAAAAAGGAUUCCAUCAGUACCGGUCUGAUAAACCGGAGGGUUUGGAGAUAUUUAAUUACGUCAAUAUUAACCAGAUACAUACUACAUAGUGAAUUCUCCAAAAAUAUAACCAGGUGGAUAAUUUCCGGAUUCAAAACUCGCAAGAAGCAGCGCUCGUCCCGCAACGACGUAAUCCCUUUGUCCCAUGCUGUGGCGGUGACCGUUAAGAAUUUGAGAUCCCGUACCCUUCCUUGUCUAUAGACAUUCAUUAUGUCUCUGGGCCGCACCAGCUCGCCAAAGACUCUUGGCGGCUCUCCGUCGCAGCAAGGGAUCUCAGCAGAGAAUCAAUCGACAACGCCUACAUUACACGCCGGGGCCACUCCUCCACAAGGGUCGUCUGCCCUGAGGAGCCUCCAGGUAUAUUCCACACGGGUACCUCAGGCGUACAUUACACCUUUCUGCGGAGCUAGUGCGGGCGUUGCUUCGGGCAUCGUGACGUGCCCGCUGGAUGUGAUAAAGACAAAACUACAAGCGCAAGGGGGGUUUCAACUGCGUCGAAAUGGCAAACUGGUCGAAUCCGGAACACUGUAUCGUGGGAUGGUCGGGACGGGGAAGAUGAUAUGGCGAGACGAAGGUAUUCGAGGGCUAUAUAGAGGACUGGGGCCGAUGCUGUUGGGCUAUCUUCCCACCUGGGCUGUCUAUCUAACGGUCUACGAUAGAUCCCGGCAAUAUUUCGCCAAAAAGACAGAUAACUGGUGGUUAGCACGGGGAUAUGCAUCUCUCACAGCAGGUGCUUGCUCGACAAUAGCAACAAACCCAAUAUGGGUUAUCAAGACGAGACUCAUGUCACAGAGCUUUCGACCCGCCAGCAACGGCUACCAAGCCCCAUGGUACUACAAGAAUACCUUGGAUGCAGCACGCAAGAUGUAUGCGAGUGAAGGCAUCCGUGCCUUUUACUCCGGCCUCACUCCUGCACUCCUCGGCCUUUCACAUGUCGCCAUUCAGUUCCCACUAUAUGAAUAUUUCAAAAUGGCCUUCACCGGAUUUGGAAUCGGUGAACACCCAGACGCUGGAAACCCACACUGGUCGGGCAUAACUGCAGCCACUUUUCUCAGUAAACUAUGCGCCAGCACAGCAACAUACCCACACGAAGUCCUUAGAACCCGACUGCAAACACAACAAAGAUCCUCCCCCGCCUUUUCGACAGAAGGCAUCGCUUUUCGAGGCGGGCUUGAGCAGCCACAGGAUCACGGUCGGCCGCCAGGGACAGGUGCUGGGGCCUCAUCCUCGGAUGGGAUGCGCAACCGUCCCCGAUAUCGUGGCGUGAUUCGCACAUGCCAAACGAUUUUGAUGGAGGAGGGCUGGCGGGCAUUCUACGCUGGGAUUGGAACAAAUUUGUUCCGUGCAGUGCCGGCGGCUAUGACGACGAUGCUCACUUACGAAUAUCUCCGAAAUAUUAUCCACUGGAUGCAACACGAAGGCGAACAAAUCCUAAUUAUGAGCGAGGAUGACUCAUCCCCAUAUUGAAAACUUGAAGAUUGCUUUUUCCAUCAGACGGCCGUCCGGACCAUUAAAAACGGCAUUGCGACUUUUAUAGACCACGCACAGCCGCUCACAAAGUACUUGUAAUGAAUUUUUGAGAAAAAACGGAUUAGAAAAAUGAUAACGCGCCCAGUGCUCUCAAUUCGUUCCUUCUCCGAGUCUCCCACGACAUUUUCACAUGUACCAAUACCCAUCUACCUCGACCCACAUUGCCAUCCUGGACUAAUUUACUAUCCACCUGUCACUUUCCUUCCUACCUCCUCCAGUGGUACAUAUGUAUAUAUUCAUACGUACUCUUAUUUAAUUUUUGCGUACUCGGGUUCAGAGUAAGCCCCACCAGCUACCAUAUCCCUUCCGCCUUCCUUUCCUCACAUCUUUCUGUCGCACUGUUUUUGCAACCCCCGCAUUAUGUCACACUAGUUGACUAAUGCUGCGACUAUCCAUUUCGAAUUGGAGCGCGAAACAACACACAACAUAUACAGACGAACAUCUUAUGGCAUUUUCUGGCGUUCUCACUUUGUUUCAACCUCACCGUCUCUCUCACACACGUUACCUUUUUGUUUGUCUAACAAAAAUAUCCCGGAUUUGGGCGUGGGGAAAACAUGCGCAAAAUAUCUAGAAGUUUAACUCUGUUGGGGAAGGGAACUCAUCUCACUUCGUUUCCAUUUAUUUCGACGAUCACAUUUGCGUUGCCUUCCAUUUUCUCCGCUCCGUGGUCAACGUCUACUGGGUCAGGGGUUGAUUUUGUUUGCUAUCUUAUAGUACUCUCGCUUUUAGUUGCAUGGUGUUACUUCGUGCCCCUUCUCAUGGUAUGUUUUCUCAUAUUCUUUUCUUGGGUGGUCGGGUGGAUUUCGAGUUUUGGUCCUCGGAUCUUUUGCUACUGCUUCAUCUACCGCUAACGUACAGUUCUUCCAUCCCCAUGAGCGUGAUGGUUUAUAUUUCUGCGUGGUAGCGCGAUUUAUUUCUUUUGAUUUUUUAAUUUAUUUAUUUUUACCCUGUAUAUUAUUCAUUAUUGCAAUUAUACUUGCAGACACAUUUCUCCAUGUAAAACAUUUCUCCAGCAGAUUUCGAUCUUGCGAAUACCAGCCAAAUUUCUACUUCUACUGGGUCUUGAACACCCUUAGAAAGAGUUCUUUUUUUCAUUUCCUUGUCCGUUCGCUUUUCCUUAUGUUUUGGCGAUGGGGCCAGGCCAGGAGCUACGCCAUCGUCAUACCAUCAUGAUACGCUGUAGAUAGAGGACAACGAGCAUAACUGUGCUUGAUUGGCGAUUUGAUUGGAUCGAGUCGUAAACAGGCUUCAUAUUGAUUUCCAUGUACAUGUACAUACGAGGUUAGGCACAUCUAUGAAACCCGGAUUAUCGUAAUUCUCCAGAUUACGUAGUAUUUUGCUAUUCUCAUGUUGGUGUAAGAAGCCAACCACGC